AUGUGUCCACGAUGUCAACGGACAUUCCGGGCUCGAAUCGGACUUGUUGGACAUCUUCGGAUUAACUGCAUCUCUCGAACGGCACCAACCAUCGUCCCCCCGCCUGCCUCUUCCUCCUCCUCCUCUCCGCCGCCAACUAACCCUGACAAUUCUUCUGACCCAUCACUUCCACCAUCCUCCUCCUUCUCAUCCUCCUCCUCUUCCUCCUCCUCCUCGCCCACUGCUCCAACGGCGGCCGCUCAGGCGACUGUCACGCGCACAGCAACCGACACUACCACCACCUCCCCCGACUACAGGGAUGAGAAUCAGGACUACACCUGA